UUUUUACAAUUGUAAUUUUUAUUUUAUUUUUUUUUCAGAAAUGUGCCUUAGUCGUAGUUAUUUUCUCUUCUUAUCUCUACAUUCUAGCUGCAUUCUCUGUUUAAUUAACGAGCAUUUAUCCACCCUUGACAACAAUAAAAAAAUUCUUUCAUUUGGGGAGGAUUCAACAGACGCUGUUUAUCACGCUUUUGUUCAAAUUGGAUCAGAACUUCACUAUUUUCAAGAUAUUUCUUACCAAGACAGUAUUUUAUUGCCAAUCGUUACAAAUAAGAAGCUUGAUAGUCACGAUUUUACAAAGGAUUCUAAACAGAAAAUUAAAUUAUUUGAAGAGGAAAUGACUGACUUUGGAAUUACAACGUUUGGGGUUCUAGUUCACCGAAUACUUUACAUUACCAACCCAGGCAAUUCAAAAAUUGUACUUUCAAAUAUUUUGAGUUUCGGAAUUAAUUUUCAUUGUUCUUCUUUGUUUGAAAAGAAUUUAAUGCCCAAACAACGCAUUUCUUUCCACAUUUAUUUUUUACCGACAUCAGAAGAGCCUCCUUUAAAAGAAGAAAUUUUGUCUUUGUUUACUUCUAUUGGCGUUUUUGUUCAUAAAGUGCGUGGCCAACUCAGUGGGAAUGUUUAUAGAAUAAAGUAUGGAUUUUUUGAUUUUUUAUUUAAGUUCAACUAUUCCGAGUAGUCCGUCUUCCCAUAGCUACGUGCCCGUCUUAAGGUGCUGGGUGGGCUCAUUGAGCUAGCUCAGAAAAUACCCUUCUUCUUCACGAGCCGGUGUCCUAUUUUUCCCUUCCAAAACCAUCCAAAAAUAUUUUCCUUUUAGUUCUACACCAUGGAUGGGCCGGGUUACCCAAAACCUAAACUUUUUUACAAUCCGACCCGACUUUCUCAAUUCACCCCUUUCUUUGCUCUCUUUUUUAUAGCAGUUUCGUUGGUGUUGCGACAAUUGAGGAUACGC